CCACGGAUCCGAUUUUCUCCGCGGUAAACUCCCCAAAACCUCACAUAAUUCUCCCGGCGAUCGAUCCGUUCGACCCCGUCUGGGUUUUGCAAACCCUAAUCGCACAUACAGAGUGAAAGAAGCUGAAUCCUCACUUUUCUGAUCAUGGUUUACAUUGAAUCAUGGGACGAUUUCGUGGAAAAGUCCGUCCAAUUGUUUCGAUCCGAUCCCGAAAAAACUCGUUAUGCUAUGAAAUACAGGCAUUGUGAUGGAAAAUUGGUGCUCAAAGUCACCGAUGAUAGAGAGUGUAUCAAAUUUAAGACAGACCAAGCUCAGGAUGCAAAGAAGAUGGAGAAGUUCAAUAACAUCUUCUUUACUUUGAUGGCUCGGGGACCUGAUGCCGACAUAACUGAAGGUGGAGGAAAAGAACAAGUUGAAGCACAGGCACCAAGGAGAGGAAGGGGAAGGAAGCAAUAGUAUUACGAUUCAUCAGCAUCUGCCUCCCCAACGAAUAAAGGUCAAAAUUGGUCCUAAAUAUAAGGGCAAAAUAUGAAUUUGGGUAAGAUUGAUUGAGAAGGAGGGAGAGAAUAGAGGGCAUUGAUGGUGGAGCUGAAAGAUGGAGACGGAGACGGGGACGGAGAGAGGAUGACAAUGGGCUGGACCGAGGCAAGAACAACGACGAUGAGGUCGUGGAGCAGCAAUAUUGCUUGUUGACGAGCAGGCAGAGGCGACGGAAGAGAAACCAUCUUCCGGCAAUAGCGUCGGCAUCGACGUAGAGAUAACAACGCCGGACCACCGAGAAGAGAGAGAGAUGAGCAGGACCAAAAGGAAUGUGGGUUGAUGGCGACAACAAUGGUGGACGACGGCGGUUUUGAUCUCGGAUAGCAGUAAUGCAGAGAAACACACUAUGACAGCGAGUUAUGGAGGAGCCAGCAUAGAGAGAGAUAGAUGCGACGACACUGAGCGCCCGAGAGAAGAAGAGAGAGAGAGUCCAAUUUGGGAAGAAUGAAGGAGAGUUGGAAGAGAAGGAAAAAGAGAGAGAAAGAGUCGAUUU